AGUCUUCAGUCCCGCCCGCGCUGCCCUGUAGGGCGGUAACAUUUUACGGGGAUGAUUUUAUUAAAGUAAAAUAUAUGUGAAUUGAUAUAUUAAGUAUAGCAGAGUGCUGUGCACUUUGCGAAUAAAAUUUAUUGUUAAAAAAUGUGAGCUAAACAAAUGUCUGGGCCAACGCUUCUAGUGAUAAUAACAAUGAUUUUCGCUGUUCUUAUUGUGACAUUAGUUGGAAUCAUUUAUAAUAAUACGGCUUAUGCUGCAUCUUGCGAGGACGGGCGGCUAUGCCCGGCGCCGUGGCUGUGCUGCGAGCAGGGCUGCUGCACGCCCGCCACUGCGCCGCAGCGCCACGACCCCGACCAGCAGGACGACGAGGCAUUCAAGGAGAUAUUCACCUUCCCAUGGUAUACUCAAUGGCAAGUUCUUUUCCUGCUGGGAUGCUUGGUGGGCAUUCUGAUGUGCUGCAGCUGGUGCCUGUUCUUCCGGCGGCCGCACGGCGUGUACAUGCUGUCGUUGUGGUGCUGCGUGCGCCGGCGCACAUCCGAACACGACUCUGCCGGCUCCGUCUACCCGCCGCCAAGAUACAGCCGCUGUGGCUCUUUCCAUCAGGCACCACCGCCUUAUUCUGAAGUAACAUCGAAGCCGGAUCUGUAUCCUCUAGUAAUCACGUGCGCAGAGGGCGACGCCAAGAACGGCACCGGUGGGAACUACCUCAUGGUGCAUUACUUCAGAAAUUACGUUAUUCGUGCCCCUGGUUCCUUGUCAGCUACAAGUACUGCAGAGUCUCUCAACUCAAGUUUCAUUUGUAAUGCCGCAAACGAGGCUAACUCUAUAAUCCCGCCGCCGUACUCAUGCGCAAGCAGCUACGAUGAGUGUGUAGGGGGCGUGGGCAACGCGUGCGGGGCGGAGCGCCGGCCUGAACGCCGCGACCAGGCCGCAGCCUUCAGAGAGAACCUCAUUACAUCGCCCGUACAGCCAAUGGAUGCGGCUUUCGAUCUUGAGCUUGAAUUAAUCGACUGUGAGAUGUACUGCGACGGCGGUUGCAAGCCGCGACUGGGAACGUCGCCUCCGGCACAUCGGUCUCACUCCAACGUCAACGACGCCGUUUACGAUCAAGAGGCAUAUGGACUACGACAUCUCUUCUCUUGUCCUUCUCAAGAGAAUGCAGGCGCCUGCGAAUCUCCCCCACAGCCAACUAGCCCGACUCAAACGUCAAGGGAAUCGACGCUAAGAAGACCGAGCGAAGAGAGGAUGGACAGACGUACAAGGAGACUAGAUAAUGUCAGAAAAACAUUAAAAGCGAGAAAAUCUAGUUUAUACAUGCCGCUGUCGAUGGCACACCCUGGAAGACAAUCUAGAGUGUCUCCAGGAUCAAGGGUGUUUUCGCGAUCCGCCCCAGCAACUCCGUGCGGUGCACUUGUACCUAACAUACUCAUAUUUACGCAAAGAGUGUCGGCUUCGAGACACAGCUCGCGAUCGUCGCGACUCGAGGAAGAAAAUGAUCCAUUACUGGCGGACGUUGAAAACCCGCGAACUGAUCAUAAGUUUUAAGUAAAAACGCAUCGCUACUUGAAAUAACAAACCCAGCCAAGCCACAAUGUGAUCCUAUAAAGAAAUAGUUGUAAUUAUAUUUUUCAGUGUGAAGGGCCUAUUUUGCCGAACCCUAGCAUUGAGCCACAAGAUCCUCAUUUUAAAAAUAUAACUGUAUGCAUGCUCAUUCUAAAACGUUUGCCGCAACUUAGCUAGUUAAAUGUUAAUCAAAUAUUAUGUUUAGAUAUAAGAAACGAGCUUGUUGGACCAUU